GCACGAAUGUGAGAUAUAUACAUACAUGUAACAAUCGUCUAAAAUCAGUGUAAAUGGUACAAUUUGAAAUUGUUAAAUCUUUGCAGAUCUUCAAAUAUAUAUAUUCUCUAAAAGAAGACUUGACACUUUUCGUUUGAUAACUUUACACCCCAGCCAACAUCCUUCACCGUUGUCGUCACUGGUUGGUGUCUUGCGGGCAUCACGUGAUGUACAAGUGUAAAAUGGAGUCUGUGGGAGCAAACCCCUUCAGUUCUUGCCUACAGACUCUUAGAGUUGGAGACAGAGAAUGCCACUUUUAUGGCAUCUCAAAAUUUGAUGAAGAAAAGAUCAAGAAAAUCCCAUUUUCGAUAAGGGUAUUGUUAGAGUCAGCCAUACGCAACUGCGACAAUUUCCAUGUUUCUGAAAAAGAUGUUGACAGCAUCCUCAACUGGUCCCCAUCCAUGGACCAGAACAUUGAAAUUCCCUUUAAGCCAGCUCGUGUUAUAUUGCAGGAUUUUACGGGUGUACCCGUGGUUGUCGACUUUGCAGCCAUGCGUGAUGCAGUCAAAAAACUAGGUGGGGAUCCUCAAAAGAUCAACCCUGUGUGUCCCACGGAUCUGGUCAUAGACCACUCAGUGCAGGUGGAUGUGUCUCGGAGUACCCACCACUUCUCCCCUAACCCAGGGGGUGGCAUUGGUACUGGGUCAAGGGGCGGGUCAGAUGCUGGGUCAAGGUCAACAUGCAAAUGUCCCCGAUCAGAAUUUCCUGUCUUAGAUCCAGUAUGUCCAUUUCAUGGACACCAAACUUCAGGUGCUGAUGCUCUAGAAAAAAACCAGGAGUUGGAGUUUGAGAGGAAUAAGGAGAGGUUCUCUUUUUUAAAGUGGGGAGCCAGUGCCUUGAAAAACAUGCUCAUAGUGCCACCAGGGUCUGGCAUUGUGCACCAAGUGAACCUUGAGUACUUGGCCCGUGUAGCCUUUGAUGAGGAGGGCUUGUUGUACCCAGAUAGUGUUGUGGGUACUGACUCUCACACCACUAUGAUCAACGGCUUGGGCGUCUUAGGAUGGGGAGUUGGUGGCAUUGAGGCAGAAGCUGUUAUGCUGGGGCAGCCUAUCUCCAUGGUGCUGCCAGAGGUUGUAGGCUACAGGCUUACAGGGGAGGUUGGCUCCCUAGUCACUUCCACAGAUGUUGUCUUGACGAUCACUAAGCAUCUGCGUCAAGUUGGAGUAGUGGGGAAGUUUGUGGAGUUCUUUGGACCAGGGGUUUCCACUUUAUCCAUUGCUGACAGGGCGACAAUCUCUAACAUGUGCCCAGAAUAUGGAGCAACAGUAGGAUUCUUUCCAGUUGAUAAGCAGAGCUUGUUUUACCUACGGCAGACUGGUCGUGAUGAGGAGAAGAUCAAGCUGAUAGAGCAGUAUCUGCAGGCCAGCCAACUUUUUCGAGACUAUAGCAAUCCUGAUCAGGAUCCAGUUUUCUCACAGGUGGUUGAGCUGGACCUUUCAACUGUUGUCCCUUGUUGUUCUGGGCCUAAGUUGCCGCAUGACAAGGUACCAGUCACUGAGAUGAAACCAGACUUCCAGUCCUGCCUUAGCAACAAGAUUGGCCGCAAGGGCUAUGGAAUCCCAGAAGAUAAACUUGAGACAAAAGUGCCAUUUAUCUAUGAUGGCCAGGAAUACACCCUGGCACAUGGAUCUGUUGUCAUCGCUGCCAUCACUAGUUGCACCAACACCAGCAACCCUUCUGUCAUGCUUGGAGCAGGUCUGCUGGCCAAGAAAGCUGUGGAAGUAGGACUCAGCGUGAAGCCAUAUAUCAAAACCAGUCUGUCACCUGGCAGUGGGGUUGUCACAUACUACUUGCGUGACAGUGGGGUUGCAGAAUAUUUGCAGAAACUUGGGUUUGAGAUUGUGGGUUAUGGUUGCAUGACAUGUAUAGGAAACAGUGGCCCCUUGCCAGAGGAAGUGGCAGGUGCCAUUGAAAAGAAUGAUUUGGUGGCUUGUGGCGUUCUCUCAGGAAAUCGUAAUUUUGAAGGCCGCAUUCAUCCCUUGACCCGUGCAAACUACCUCGCCUCACCUCCUCUUGUCAUUGCUUAUGCUUUAGCAGGAACAGUGCUUACUGACUUUGAAAAAGAACCCCUGGGCAUGGGUGCUGAGGGGAUGCCUGUUUUCUUGCGUGACAUCUGGCCAUCCAGAGCUGAGAUUCAACAAAUUGAAAGUCAUAGUGUGGUGCCAGCUAUGUUUCAGGAUGUCUAUUCAAAGAUCUCUAUAGGCAACACUCGAUGGAAUUCCCUGGAGAUACCAGAGACCGAUCUGUAUCCUUGGGACCCAAAGUCAACAUAUAUUAAAAAUCCUCCCUUUUUUGAAAACAUGACCAGAGAGUUGAAGCCCCUGGAGGGAGUCAAGGAUGCUUAUGUCCUUCUAAGCCUGGGUGACUCUGUAACUACUGACCACAUCUCACCUGCCGGCAGCAUUGCUCGCAACAGUGCUGCCGCUCGUUACCUCAUUAGCCAUGGCCUUGUGCCGCGUGAGUUUAACUCUUACGGUUCUCGACGAGGCCAUGAUGAGGUCAUGGCAUGUGGUACGUUUGCCAACAUCCGGCUAGUCAACAAGCUUAUAAGCAAAGCGGGGCCUCGCACAAUACACUUUCCUUCUGGAGAGGAGAUGGAUGUGUAUGAUGUCGCACAGCGAUACAUCAAUGAGGGACGACAGCUAAUUGUUCUUGCUGGCAAAGAAUAUGGAUCAGGAUCUUCCCGGGACUGGGCUGCCAAAGGACCAUGGAUGCUGGGUGUGAGGGCAGUGAUAGCAGAGAGCUAUGAGAGGAUCCACCGCAGUAAUUUGGUUGGCAUGGGGAUUAUGCCCCUUGAGUACCUGCCUGGUCAGUCUGCAGAGAGUCUAGGUUUGACUGGCAAAGAAACAUUUUCCAUACCUUUGCCUGCUGACCUUGAGACAGGACAGAUUUUAGAUGUACAGGUGAGUGAUGGCCGCACAUUCCGAGUUAAAGCCAGGUUUGACACUGUAGUAGAGCUGACCUACUUUCGCCAUGGCGGCAUCCUGAACUACAUGGUGCGACAGAUGCUGUAGCCUGCUCGUUUUGAUGAUUUAUCUGCAGUUCUCCAGGUUGCCACUGCUGUCCUAGAAAUCCUUGUUGAUGGAAAUGAAAUUUAAUCAACUUCCUAUUCCAGGCAGCGUGAUUGGGACAGAUUUGUUUGCAUGGUAUGUGGUAUAUUUGAUAUGCUUGUAAAUGUAUGAAUGUUGAGUAGUUUAUAUGCUUUGCAUCUGGCAGGUUUUAACUCCCUAUACAAAGGAGACCAGAUGUCAUUAGAAUAUUGUCAUCAUCCACUAAAUAUCUUAAACAUUGAGGGGAAAAAAAUGUGUGAAUUCAGAAAAUAUUUUCUAUCUAGUUUAGAAGCUGAUGGUGUGAAAUGCAGAUGAUGACUUUACCUUGAAGGCAAUUAAAUUUGCACACUGUUAAGCAAUAUGCUAUAUUAAUUUUUGUUUGCUAAAGUACUAUUUUGUUACUGGAUUAAUCCUUGAAAUUGACUUCUUUAAAACUUUUAGUACCUGUUAAUAUAAGGUCAUGGGUUAAAAUACAGGUAUAACUGAAAAUGAGCCAUAGUAGGGUGAUCAGAAUUGAUGUAUUCAUCAGUUAUUACUACUAUUAUAGAUUUUUGUUUGAACAUUUAGCAGGCAUUUACAUUCAUUUUCAAAAUGCCAGUAAGUUUAAUUUUAAGAUUUCUAGUCCUUGAAAUUGUAAUCAAGUUCAGUAAGCCAAAUGAUUUUGUUCAAGUCUCAAAGUGUAUAUAUGAAAUUUAUGAUGCGUGAUUGGUAGCUUCAAGACUAGGUUCUAGAAUGGUAUCUGUGAUUUAAAUCCACAAAUGGAAUUCUGUAUAUUUUGUGUGUCAGUGGGGAUAAAAAUAGAGCAUAUUUGUGUCUUUAGUAGCGUGAUUUCUGAUUUACUAGAGAAUCUCCCAUCAUGCAUUACUGAAUUUUGUGGAUGUGCACAGUGAUGCUCCUGUCCCUAAUCUUCACAGUUAGUCGUUCAGGGUAAAUAAUUUCAAGAAAUAAGUUUCUUUUUGUGGAAUAGAUGCAGAUUAUGUAUAUUAUGUAUAAUGUGUGUGUGAUGCAUGCAUACAGACAUUUGAGGGAUUAAGUAGAGAGCAAAUGUUUGUGGAACUUUGGGUUGGAUUUUAAUUUACUAUCCCUGUUGUGGGAAAGAACAGGUGUAAUAACGAAAAUAAGAACGUUGCGUGUUUUUUUCAUAAAGGAGGGUUGGCAGGUGAGCAAGCUUGAUAUUUUGUGUUAUAAGGGUCCCUAUUUCAUGUACUCUUGCUAAACACAAUCAAAAUAUUUGUUCUGAAUAUCUGAAACUUUCUCUCACUUGAGAAGGGGAAAAUAAGUUGGUCCAAAGAAAGUUAUAAAUGUCCUGCCCUAAAAUGCUAAAGUAGGCACAGUACAGCAGUAAAGAGUGCAGGGCACACUGCUAAAAUGAAUCAAAGCAACUAAAGCAGUUGUUGCUUCUCUUGGAAAAUGCUGCACAUGCUCUGUGAACACCUGAUGUGUGUUUAUCACAUUUGAUAGGGGCACAAAGGAUUAGAACCGUUGAGGGAAGUGGAUAAAAGCAGAGCUACAUAUUGUUUACAAUAAGCAUUUCUUUUAUGCUGUAGACAUGGAAAGUGUCUUCACACUACCAAACUCAAUAUAAAAGUAAGCAGAAAACUAUUGUUGACGGGAAAUAGACCAUUAAUGUUACUGCUGUCAAGCUUUUCACAUUUACAUAUCAUAGAAUGGUAAAAAAUGGGGAAUUUAGCUUGUUACUGCUAUAAAAAAAUACAACAGUGCAUAUUUGUAAAAUCAUUUUGAAUAAGUAAUCCAUGCUUUUUUUAAUUUAGGAUAAGGUCAAAACUAUGUUCUGAAACAAUAAAACCAGAUACUUAAUCACA